AAAAAAAGAUUAACAAUUCUUGGUUUUAUAAAGUUUCACUUACACAUACUUUUCUCUUAGAUCUAAAUAAUAAAUUAAAAUUACUUUAAUUAAUCUCUUCUUAAUCAUCAUUUAACACUUUGCUUAUUAAUCUUAAUUCAGAUAAUAAAAUAAAAAACGAACUCGACGCAGAGCAGAGUAAAAAGAAAAAAAGAGAGAGUGCCCAUAUAAUUGGAAUCUCACAUUCUCUUCUCUCUCUUCUCUUCUCUUCUGAAUCUCUCUCAUUGCCAUUGUUGUUUGGUUGCUCUCUUUGAAAUCUAUUAACUUCGGUACGCAUCUCAAAAACCCUAAAUUGAUCUUUGUCGUGGAUUUUUGUUUUUUUUGCUGCAUUUUUUUUUUUUUUUGAUCUGAUCUUGUUCGUCAUUCUCGAGAUCUCAAUCAUGGGUUUAUCCAUAGAAUUGUUAUAAAGCUAUAUAUUUUUUUUGGGUGAAUAUUUGUGGAGAGGAAAAAAGCAAAAUUCGUUUAAUGUAUAGAUUCACUAGAAGUGGUAAUGUUUCUUUUUUUGGGAAAAAGUUUAGAUUUUUUUUCUUUUUCUUUUUUUUUUUAUCUGUGAGAUUUGGUUGCAGCAGGUGGGUUUGAUUUGUUUAAAGCUCAGAUUUUGAUAUUUUUUUCCCGUAAUUGGCAUUGCCCUUUCGAGAGUUUCAUCUUCAAUUUUGGUUACAUCGAGAUUUGGUUCUGAAUUUUGGCAUCUACUUACUACUACUACUAGUGCCAAUUUCCUGAUUUGGAUCAUAAAAGAGCUUAAGGUUUGUGGAAUUGAAAUGGCUUGAUGAGGUAAUGGAUGAUGAGACUAUGUUACUUCCAAAAAUUGAGACUUGUUUGAAAAGAAGCGGAUGACAAAGUUCCUGUGGACAGCAGCAACACGGAUUAGUGGUGGUUUGAUCUUUGUGAUAUGAGAGGAGGUUCUUGGUACAAGAGUGUUUCCUCUGUUUUUGGUCUCAGACCACGGAUCAGAGGGUUGCUUUUCUUCAUUGUCGGUGUUGUCGCUUUAGUUACUAUUAUAUCACCAUUCACAUCCAAUUCGUAUGAUUCUUCUUCGAGUUCGACACUUGUGCCCAACAUUUAUAGUAACUAUAGGAGGAUAAAGGAGCAAGCUGCUGUUGACUAUCUUGAUCUAAGGUCUCUCUCCUUAGGUGCUAGUCUUAAAGAGUUCCCUUUGUGUGGUAAAGAAAGAGAAAGCUAUGUGCCUUGUUAUAACAUUACUGGGAAUUUGCUUGCUGGGCUUCAAGAAGGUGAGGAGUUAGAUCGGCAUUGCGAGUUUGAAAGAGAGAAGGAAAGAUGUGUAGUUCGUCCUCCCAGAGACUAUAAAAUACCACUUAGGUGGCCACUUGGUAGAGAUAUUAUAUGGAGUGGGAACGUGAAGAUAACCAAAGACCAGUUUCUUUCGUCAGGAACCGUGACAACGAGGUUAAUGUUGCUUGAAGAGAAUCAAAUAACCUUUCACUCCGAGGAUGGACAAGUCUUUGAUGGGGUCAAAGACUAUGCUCGUCAAAUUGCUGAGAUGAUAGGUUUAGGAAGCGAUACUGAAUUUUCUCAAGCAGGUGUACGAACUGUGUUAGACAUUGGUUGUGGAUUUGGUAGCUUUGGUGCACAUUUAGUGUCUUUGAAGUUGAUGCCUAUAUGUAUUGCUGAGUAUGAGGCAACUGGGAGCCAAGUCCAGUUAGCUCUAGAGAGAGGCCUUCCUGCAAUGAUUGGCAAUUUCUUUUCAAAACAGCUUCCUUACCCGGCAUUGUCUUUUGACAUGGUCCAUUGUGCUCAAUGUGGCACUACUUGGGAUAUUAAAGAUGCAAUGUUACUUUUGGAAGUGGAUCGUGUUCUGAAACCCGGUGGAUACUUUGUUUUAACUUCUCCUACGAACAAAGCACAGGGAAACUCACCGGAUACUAAGAAAACGAGCAUUUCGACACGGGUUGAUGAGUUAUCAAAGAAAAUCUGCUGGAGUCUAACAGCUCAGCAGGACGAGACGUUUCUUUGGCAGAAAACUACAGAUUCAAAUUGCUAUUCGUCUCGUUCGCAAGGUUCUAUACCUCUUUGCAAAGAUAGUGAUAGUGUUCCGUAUUACCACCCACUGGUUCCAUGUAUAAGUGGAACCACGAGUAAACGCUGGAUUUCUGUUCAGAAUAGGUCUGCUGUUGCAGGAACAACCUCGGCUGGGCUUGAAACUCAUGGUUUAAAACCUGAAGAAUUCUUUGAGGACACGCAAAUAUGGAGAUCAGCUCUGAAAAAUUAUUGGUCCUUGCUUACACCUCUAAUAUUCUCUGACCACCCGAAGAGACCCGGUGAUGAAGAUCCUCUCCCUCCUUUUAACAUGAUACGCAACGUGAUGGACAUGAAUGCUCAUUUUGGGAAUUUGAAUGCGGCUUUACUUGACGAAGGCAAAUCAGCUUGGGUUAUGAAUGUUGUCCCAGUCAAUGCACGUAACACUCUUCCUAUCAUACUUGAUCGUGGUUUCGCCGGUGUUCUACAUGACUGGUGUGAACCAUUCCCGACAUAUCCUAGAACGUACGACAUGCUUCAUGCCAAUGAACUUCUUACACAUCUUAGCUCCGAACGAUGCAGUCUAAUGGACUUAUUCUUGGAGAUGGAUCGGAUUCUUCGACCUGAGGGAUGGGUUGUUCUAAGUGACAAGGUGGGAGUAAUAGAGAUGGCUCGAGCACUAACAGCUCGAGUGCGAUGGGAAGCACGAGUCAUUGAUCUUCAAGAUGGUAGUGACCAAAGACUUCUUGUCUGUGAGAAACCAUUCCUUAAAAAAUAACUGAAAAGCAACAUCAAAAAGUUUUCAUGCUUCUUUCACCAUAUUAAAAACACUCACUACACAGUCUUUUUCACUGAUCCAAAUUUAUAUAUCUCCUGCAAGCUCUGGAGAGAGAUCAUAUCUUUUUGUUUUUGUUAUUUCUGGAUGGCUUUUCAAAAACUUGAGGAGGAGGCUGGCUCUAUAUGUAAGUGGAAGCUGUAGCUAUGAGUAGAAGAAAGAGUUUAGAUUCAAAUAUUCUUUAAUUUUUCUUUUUCCUCAUUAAAUAUUGCUCUGGAACAAAAACAAAUGUAGCUAUAUAUAUAUAUAUUUCAUUCAUCCAAUUUUUGUUUGCUCU